AUGGCUAUUACGACUCUUGCCCGUCUAAUUUUAACAGAAUUAGCAGGAUUAACAGACCAGAGUCAAGUGAGAGCGCCACUACUUCCAAUACAUCCACUACCCCAAUUACCUCCAUUUCAUCGAAUCAAAGCUCCGCCAAUUAUGGUGGGAGGAGGGCAACAUACACCCACAAGCGAAAUGGGAAGAGGCCGAGUAAGUUCCAUCAUGCUUAAUCUGAUGUUAACUGAUAUUUUACGAACUAGUAACUCAUAUAAACCAAUUUUCGCUUAUUACAUAAGACUUCCAUACAUUCUUGCUGAGGGAAUUACAUUAGAGGAGUACGAAGAACGCACAGACAAGUUUAACAUCCGUGGUCUUUGGGAAUGGGUCGAUUAUAAAGUCAUUAUUUACGAAAUUCCAACAAAGCACCACGAAACUUUUAUUACUUCGAUCUCUACAGAAAUUAUGAUGCAAUGUGCUCUUGUUAGAGGAACUGAUGCCAGAACUCGAGCUGACAAUUCUGGCAAAGAAGCCGAUGCAUGUUUUCGCCCUUCAAAACCCCUGGUGCAAUCACCAAACGGGAGCGAUGGAGAGAAAGAACCUUGGCCAAAUAUUGUCGUUGAAGUUGCAUAUUCUGAGAGCGAACAACAUGUCCUGGAAAAGGUGCAUAAUUAUUGGUUACGUAAUCAUAGUCGUGUCCAUGAUGCAAUAGUCAUCAAGAUCGAUCCAGUUUCUGAGAAGUACGAACCGCCUACACGCAUGCAG